UCAAGUUUCAGUUUUCUGCGCGUUGCGUGUUGCGAAAUGUGAUUUUAAUUUAUGUAGAAAUUCUUUAAACAAUGUAAAACUUCAGCUAAGUACGAAAAUUUUUAGAAUUAUGCAUCUGUCGAUAGAUCAAUAUCCCUGGCGGUCAGAGGCUUUCUCUCACAAUGCGGAGAAAGUAGCGAGCUGAGUAAAAGCCAUGAAACCGACUGCCCGACUUCCAGACGCCCCGGGUAUAGCAAUGGCUUUAUUACCAUGAUAUGCGAUUUCUACAGCGAGGAGAAAGUGAAAUGUGGUAAUGCGACUGCAUCUUUGUUAUGGGACGCUAUAUACAUGCCGAGAUCAAUAAAAAUAAAUGCAGCUGCAGCAGAGAGAAAGACGAAAACUGCGAGAUUAACAUGUAAAAUUGUAACAAAUCUCAGUAUUUCUCGUAUUUGGGGUGCAUUAAAAAUGCCACUGGCUCCUUCCAAGUGGAGGAAACCCUCCAAAAUUGUUGCUAUAGUUGAUUUGAUAUUGAGCACUUUCUCCCUAUUGGUGACCGUUUUGGCAGUGAUUUGUCUAAGCUUGUAUGGAGACGAGGAUAUGAAACGUGAGAUUGCGGAGCGGCGUGCGAAGGACCCUUCAACAAGGGAUUUGGAUAUCCUUUGGGAAAGAGUGGAGAGUGAUGAAGUAACCAAGCAGCAGAUAUUUUACGGAGUUGUCAUCUUCGUGGAAUUGAUUACUAUUUUGGCAGCGGCGAGAUUUCUGGGCGCCACGAGCGAGGGCGUUGAACCCGUUGAUGCAAUGAAGAAGACGAGAUGUUAUCGGAUCAUGAUAACAAUAUUCUUAGUGUUCCUGCUCGCCAUACUUGUUCGCGUUGACAGAGCGGAACAGCAGUUCGUGACCUGGGGAAAUUUUAUCUUUCGGUGUAUCUCCGUCAUUGUGGUUGCCUUUUACACGAAGGAGUUGGACGUUGCACUUGAUGCACUUGAUGCUGCCGGUGGUCAAGAGAUUGUUGGAGUUGAGAAAGAAGAGGACAAACUUUAAGGAGGAUAUUAAUUAUUAGCUGCAAUUAAAAAU